GGUUUUUGUCUGAAAAUGGCAUCGUCAGUGGCAGAAGAAGUGAGAGUGCCAAGAAUCAAGCUGGGCUCACAAGGCUUUGAAGUUUCAGCUCAAGGGCUGGGCUGCAUGGGCAUGUCAGGCGUCUAUGGGCCGCCUAAGCCCGAGCCCGACAUGAUCAAACUUAUUCACUAUGCUAUUAGCAGAGGUAUCACCCAUCUUGACACCUCAGAUGUCUAUGGACCCCACACCAAUGAAAUCCUGAUAGGCAAGGCAUUGAUGGAAGGAAUGAGGGAGAAAGUGGAGCUAGCAACAAAAUUUGCAGUGACUUUUGAGGAUGGGAAUUUUAAUAUACGUGGUGAUCCAGCCUAUGUGAGAGCAGCGUGUGAGGCCAGCUUGAAGCGGCUUGGUGUGGACUGCAUUGAUCUCUAUUAUCAGCAUCGCAUUGAUACACGUGUGCCCAUUGAAAUCACGAUAGGAGAACUUAAGAAACUGGUUGAAGAGGGUAAAAUAAAGUAUAUAGGUCUAUCCGAGGCCUCAGCUUCAACAAUUAGAAGAGCACAUGCUGUUCAUCCAAUAACAGCUAUACAGUUGGAGUGGUCAUUGUGGAGCAGAGAUGUCGAGGAAGAGAUCAUUCCCACUUGCAGAGAGCUUGGCAUAGGGAUUGUUGCAUACAGUCCACUUGGACAAGGAUUCUUCUCUUCAGGUCCAAAGCUGAUCGAGAACUUGACUGAAGGUGACUACAGAAAGAAUAUGCCAAGGUUUCAAGCGGAUAAUUUGGAGCACAACAAGAAGUUGUAUGAGCGGGUCAAUGCCAUUGCUUCAAGGAAGGGUUGUACUCCAUCACAGCUAGCAUUGGCCUGGGUCCAUCACCAAGGCAAUGAUGUUUGCCCCAUACCCGGUACUACCAAGAUUGAGAACCUCAAUCAGAAUAUUGGAGCUUUGUCUGUAAAACUGUCCGCAGAGGAUAAGGCGGAACUCGAAUCUAUUGCGUCGGCUGGAGUCAAGGGUGAGAGAUACGGGCCUGAAAUUAGCACUUGGCGAAAUUCUGAAACUCCACCUUUGUCAACCUGGAAGUGCACAUGAAGAAGAGCAAGUUCGCUUUGAUAUUUCGUGGACUUUUGUUCAGGUUUUAGCUUGGAAGAGCACAUGAG